AUUUGUUGUAAUCUGAGGUACUGACCUUUUAUGUCCUUUUCUUUCCAGAUUCCUGGUGUUGUAUUCGCCAUGUUACUUUUGUUUAUAUUUUCUAGUAAAAAAUCUUGAACAAUGAAAAUGUCACAUCAGGUAACCCUUGAAUCUAACAGCGAUUCUAUUUCAACAAAGCAUACUGAUAACACUAAUAGUUGCUAUUAUGAUGAACAGAGCUGCAUUGACAAGGUAGAGGAGAAUAAAAAGGAGAUCCAUGGGAAUGAGUGGGAAGAGUUAGGAGAAAGUAAAACAUACAGUCUCAUACAGAGCAUGCUUAUGACAGAGUCACCUUCCUGGCUUGCAGAAUCAACUCUUUUUCGAAAGCCAGUUUUGGAAAAUAGUGAUAUUUUACACCAUUAUCUAACAGGUGAAAAUGAAUACAAUUUAUCAAACAAACAAUUCACAGACCAACCUUUGAUCGAAACAACGUUGGAAGAUAAGACAAGAAGCUAUGUAAAUCUCGCGGGUCUGGGCUCGAUCAACUCAGAUAAUAAGAUCAGCUUAAGUAACCAGCUGGUUGAGGAAAAACCUUUGAGUGCUUUUCGUGGAUUCUUUGAUAAAUGUUUGGGCAAGAUUUUUGGCAAAGGUAAUAUUAAAGCUAAUAAAUCACAGCAAACCUUUGAUGUAAGUAACAGAGUUGAAGAGUCUGAAGCGAGUGAUAUAAGUGACAAUCCUAUCUUCAGUCUUGACCUUGAUUCCAACACUUACACAAAUUUUUCCAACCUGAGUUUAAGUUCCAGGGUGGACGUGCCAAACGACUUUGAGUCCUUUGUUUCUGAUGAUCAAUGGCUUUUCAACGUUGUUUCGGCACAAAAAUUCAAAUACCUCUGCACCAAUUGCUCAAAACAUUGUUGGGAGGAGUCUGGAAAAGUACCAAAUCUUCUGUAGUUUUUUGCAUUAAAUGCUACGUUUUUUACAAAACCAGAAUACAUAUACCGUUUAUUUCGUUCUCUUGAAUCUUGUGUUUAGUAUCUCGCUUAU